CCUGCGGCGGGAGCUGUCCGCGAGCCCUAGUGCUGAAGUAGGCGCGGACGUGCCUGUGUGCCUGCCGCGUGGUACCCGGCGCCCGGUGCCCGGGCCAGCGAAGACCAUGGCGUUCAUGGUGAAGACCAUGGUGGGCGGCCAGCUGAAGAACCUCACUGGGAGCCUGGGGGGCGGCGAGGACAAGGGGGACGGGGACAAGUCGGCCGCCGAAGCGCAGGGCAUGAGCCGCGAGGAGUAUGAGGAGUAUCAGAAGCAACUGGUGGAAGAGAAGAUGGAGCGGGACGCGCAGUUCACGCAGAGGAAGGCAGAGCGGGCCACGCUGCGAAGCCAUUUCCGAGAUAAAUACCGGCUGCCCAAGAACGAGACAGAUGAGAGCCAGAUCCAGAUGGCAGGUGGCGACGUGGAGCUGCCCCGAGAGCUGGCCAAGAUGAUUGAGGAGGACACAGAGGAGGAGGAGGAGAGGGCCUCGGUUCUUGGGCAGCUGGCCAGCCUCCCUGGCUUGGAUCUUGGCUCACUCAAGGACAAGGCCCAGACCACUCUAGGGGACCUCAAGCAAUCAGCUGAGAAAUGCCACAUCAUGUGACUACUUCCUCUGGGGUUGUCCACUGGGGUGACCAGAGGGCUGGGCCCACAUAAGUGCUAACAGCAUAUCCCAUCUUGGCUUUGUUUCCCUGCCCCAGGCCAGCCCCAGGACCCUUCUCAUCCAUGGCUCCAAUCUGCCUUCUGCUUUCUCCCUCUCCACUGGGAGCAAAGUCCCCAUUCCUCACCCUUCCCCUCAGUCCCCAUCCUCCCUACUCAGCCUGGGAAGGCUUCCCAAGAUUGUAGGAAUAGGCCCGACCCUCUCUGGUCAUUGCCCAAGUUCCUGCACACAGGAGCACCCAUGGAGGGACACACGGAGGGACACACAGAGGGACACAGAGACCCUGGCACGUGCAGAGGGAUGCCACAGAUGCAUCCUGGCACACACAGACACAAACACAGGCCAGCUCCCCUGGGUGCCUAGCUCCUCGAGACACCAACACUCAGAUAUGCUUAGAGGGGGCUUUUGGCAGACACUCUCAGCAGACAGGAGGCCUGAGUUCAAGUCUCCACAUUUAUUCUCCUUGAAACCCACUCCCCUUUCUGGGCCUCAUUUCAUCAUCUAUAAAAUGGGAAUGGACUGGGUGAUUCCUAAGACUUUCUAGCUUGGCCUCCCUGGUCCCUGAGAGCCAACCCCACGCCCCUCCUUGGGUAGGGCUGCAGCUGCAGCCGUAGUCUGCAGCGGCUGCCACUGUGGGCUCUGGCUCUUGGAAGCUGAGCCUAUGUGAGGGGCCUAGUGCCAAGGAUGAAGCUGGCACUGAACAGUAGCCCAGGCAGCUCCAGGCCUUCUUUGGGCCCAGAGCCCAGCAAAUUUCUGUUCUGUUCCUGUAGAACUCUCUCUGGAUUCCAUAGCUGGAAUUCUCUCAGCUCAGUGAAAACUAAAAUUUCCAGAUGCCCUGCCUAUUCUCCCA